CUAAAUAUUAUGAAUCACCGCCCACCAUUUCUCAUCAAUGAAUUUCUUAAUUUUAUGAUUUUAUCUUCCAUUGGUGGUUAACUCUUCUCAAUCUUGGUUUGCCCACCAACUGUUUGUUGAAUUACCUCAAUGAAAAAACAAAGAUAGUGAAAGGUGGGCUUUUUUUCUUUCUUUUUGCUAUAAUAAAAGGGUGAGCUUUGUGGGUGAAGAAGUGAGGUUUUUGGUGAAGAUUCUGCUGAAAAUAAGGUGAAAAAAGGGACCCACUUUUUUUGUUUUCCAUUCACCAACAUUACCAGCAAUCUUCAUCAUCAUCAUCAUCAUCAAAGAUCUCUUCUUUUUCACUCUCCAACUUCAACAAAUUUCAAUAAUCUCUUGAAAUUUUGGAAGAUUUGAAAAUUAUUAGGUUUUUUAAUUACUUCCAGAAGUUGGGUGUACCUAAUUUUUUUUUUUGCUAUAGUAGUAACAUUUAGGAAAUUCAACUACCUAGAUCUGGGUUUUGUUGUGCCACCUUUGUUGGAUUUUUCUUCUUCAAAAGAUCUGUUUCUUGUUGCAUUGAAAUUCUUAGUCCUUUUUUAAGAUAAGAGACCUUGUAUCUGGACCUAAUAUAUCUUCAAUUUUCCUCUUAAGUUUGGUACUUCCUAGGUGUCAGGAAAAUAAAAAAUAUUAAAAAUCUCAUAUUAUUCAUCUUCUUCCUUAUCUUACUUCAUUAUUUGUUGAGCUUUUUAGGUAAAGGUGAUUGCUUUACUUAACUUAUUUAAGGUGACAAGAAGCACAACUUUUGGCUGUCAACUGUGUGAAUAUUAACAUUUUCUACCACCUUAAUCUACCCUUUUUAGAUUAAAGAGUUGUUCUUAAACAAACAAUUUAUUCUGAUUGGAUUAGAUUUGUUGGGGAGCCCCACUUCUAGGUUUUGGUGGGCUCUAUCAAACUAAUAAAAACCCAUAUCUUGGAAGUGUUUUUUCAAGAUCCUCUUCCCAUUUAACCCAAUUUUUUUUAAUUUUUUUUAAAUUUUGGGAGUGGGGGGUUGAGGAAGAAAGUGUAAGACUUGUCAUCAGCUACAUCUUUUACUUAGUUAUUAUUGAUUUUCCUCAAUUGGGUUUUCUUCCAUUUGGGUGUCUCUUAUCUUUUCUUCCUUAAAUUAGAUUUAAUUUCCAUCAUUUUUCAUUAAUAAAUCAUCUUAAAUGUUUUUCUUCUUGGUGACUAGCAUCUCCUUCUUCUUCUUUAUAAACUCACUCUCUUUAAAACCACUUCCACCUUGGGCAAGUGAUGUGAGACUUUUACCACUCUGCUUCUGGAAAGAGUUAUCUUUCUCUCCCAUUUGCAAAACUCUUAAAAAAGAGAUUUUUGGAAUUUUUUGGGGAUUUCCCUCUAUUAUGGCAAUCAAAAAGAGUUCAUCUAGCUCAAAAUUUGAUAAUGUCCAAGAUAAUGGGCAAUUAUCUGUCUUAGAUUUGCCUGAACUAGCAUUGGAUUGUAUUUUAGAGAAACUUUCCCCUGCUGGGUUGUGUAGUAUGUCAGCUGUUUGUACUUCUUUGAGGGAAAGGUGCAUUAGUGAUCACCUUUGGAGUAGGCACAUGAAGCAUAAAUGGGGGAGAAUUCUGGGUCCUGCAGCAUACCGAGAGUGGCAAUGGUUUAUUGCUUGUAGGCGAAAUUCGACCACUUCUUCAGGGAAAAAAUCUCAAGGUUUGAUCAAAUUCAUUUGGCAUGUAUGGCCUUUGACAUGGUUUACAUCAAGAUUUGACAAAAGUAAUAGUAAUAAUGAUUCAAAUUCUCCCCUGGUUGAUACUGUUAUGUCCUGGUAUUUGGCUCUUGAAAGUGGCAAGUUCUGGUUCCCAGCUCAGGUUUACAACCGUGAGAAUGGUCAUGUUGGAUUUAUGUUGUCCUGUUAUGAUGCUGAGCUUAGCUAUGAUCCCCAAACUGACACUUUCCAGGCAAGGUAUCCUCCCCAUGGAAGAAGGGCAGUGGCAAUUGAAAGCGGUAUCCAAUGGGAAAGACUAAGGGCAGCCCCGGUAGAUACUCCGCCACAUGAUCUUCAUGCAUCUGAUUGCUUGAAUGAUCUGCAACCUGGAGAUCACAUAGAAAUCCAGUGGAGAAGGAAUAAAGAAUUUCCUUAUGGAUGGUGGUAUGGUGUUGUUGGCCACUUGGAGUCAUGUGAUGGGGAUGAGAAUUAUUGCCGAUGUCACAGCAGUGAUACUGUUUUGCUCGAAUUUAACCAAUAUACUCCUGGAUCACGGUGGAGAAGGACAAUCGUCAACAGAAAGGAUCAUAGAGAAGAGGGGAAUGAAAGUGAUGGCUUUUAUGGAGGUAUUAGAAAGCUUAGCAAAAGCAACGAGAUUGCAACCUGGAAGAGUUUAUGGCCAAGGGAAAUUUUGGAGUAGUAGAGUUCCACAUUUCGGAAAUUGUUUCCUCUUAAUCCAGAUCAAAGCAACUCAAGUUACAAAUUACUACAAGUAUGGCUAACCAGAUCAGUAGUUGCUCUAUUUUUUUUUCUUGAAAAGAUGUGAGAAUAUGCAGAAAAAGGCUAGCUAUUAUAGUGAUACAUCUUAUCUUUUUUCGCCUUCCUUUUUUCGCCACCAAAUAUUUUUCAUGGAUGAAUUAUAGGGAAGCAAAUUGCUACUCUUGGAAAUUUAUUCCAUGCUGCAUUGCAUCUGUAUGGAUGCGGAUUUGAUGUACUAUAUUUACUCAAAGACAAGAGCUCCUUUGUAUUUAUCAGAACCUCUUUUUCACUGAUGAAUGAAUCACAGAUGUUACUGAUAUCUUAUUUAGUUUC